CCAGCGAUGGCAGGACUGAACGCGUAGCAAUCCCCUGCUCCAUUUUCCUCCGCCUCCGCCCCGCGGUCCGCGCUCGGGUUUAUUCCCGGCGAAGAUGGCGACGGGGGCCGGCUGGCAGCCUCCGUACAGCAGCUCCUCCAGCAGCAGCAGCAGCACCAAAUACACCCCCUCUUCCAUGGCCAGCAUGUUUUACGACGGCAGCUUAACGCUGGAAUACACCCAGGACCUGCAUCUGAAGAUGAGCAAGAAGAUCGCCCAGCUGACCAAGGUGAUUUAUGCUCUCAACACCAAGAACGAUGAGCACGAGGAGGAAAUUGAAUCUCUGAAAGAGGCCCACGAAGACGAGGUGCAACACAUCGUGACAGAAACCAGGGACAAGAUCAUGCAGUACAAGAGCAAGAUGGCGGACGAGGCGGACCUGCGGCGGCGCCUGGCGAGCCUGGAGGAGUCCGUGGAGCUGCACGAACACAUGAAGAGACAGGCUUUAGCAGAAUUCGAGAUGUACAGACAGAGAAUGGAGGACUCGCAGCUCUGCACCGAGGCCCAGCACACGCAGAGAGUGGUUUCCAUGAGCAGAGAGGUGGAAGAGAUGCGUCGGGAUUUUGAGGAGAAGCUGCGAGCGUUCAGCCAGGCUCAGGCCCAGUUUGAGGCAGAAAAACGGCGGGCGCUGGAGGAGCUGAGGGCCACCCACCGCCAGGAGGUGGAGGAACUCCGCGACAACCAGCAGAACCACAGCGCCAACUCCAGUGAAGACCAGGAGAAAAUGGCAGAGCUUCAUAGACAAGAGGUGGAGGCUCUGAUGGACCGGCUGGAAGAGCUGACGAAGGAUAAGGUCCGCUUGGUGGAGGAGUACGAGGCCAAGCUGGCCAAGGCCCAGGAGUACUACGAGAGAGAGCUGGAGGCCAUGAGGAGAACACACCAGCUCACCACUGAGAACCUGCUGGCCUGGAAGAGGACUGAGGUGGAACUGCGGAAAGAGUUCCAGGCCCAGGAAGCAGCGCUGCAGCGUUCACUGUCCAAGCUGAGGAGUGAACUUCAGAAAGCUCAGGAGGAGGCGCGUGAGAAUCGAGACAAGACCAACAGACUCCAGACGUCGCUGGCCAACGCCGAGGGAACCAUUCAGAACCUUCACAAGCAGCUGGAGGAAGCCAUCCAGGACGGGGAGAUCUGGGUGAUGCAGCUGAAGGAUACGGAGUACGAGCUGGAGGGCAGCAGGGAGCGAGUUCAGCAGCAGGCCACGGAAAUCCUCCACAAAGCCAGUCAGAUCGGGUCCUUGCAGGCCACUCAGAUGGCUCACGAAGCCACCAUCAGAAACCUGGACCUGGAACAGAAUCGCCUUAAAGAGAAGAUCGGCAGGCUGGAGGAGGAGAGGGAGGCUCUGCUCAACCAGAGCCAGGCAGCCAACGACCAGCACAAACAGCAAGUGCUCAAGCUGGAGCAGUCCCUGCGGGAGGAGCACCAAGGCUACGAGAAGGAGCUCUCCAGGCUGAGAGCACACUACGAGGAGGAGACGCUUCGCUUCAGGGAGGCGCAGGUCCGAGCGCUGGAGGAGUUGGAGGACAAGCAUCGGUCCAUGAGGGAGGAUGCCGAGCAGGAGAAGGAGGAGGAGAGGGAACUGCUCAUUACAAAAAUGAGUCAGGAGUUCGACAUUAAACGUCUGUCAUUAGAGGAGCAGAGGGAUCGUCUGCAGCAGCAGCUGGACAACCUGAAAGAGGAGCUCUCGGCCAAAGUCAACAUGUCCAAUCAGGAAGUGUCCCACCUCCAGGAGCUGGUGAGAGAAGGGGAGCAGAACCUGAGCUCGGCCCAGAAUCAGAUCAGUUGUCUGAAGGACACGCAGGAGAAACUGCGGAUAGAGCUGGACGCGACCAGAGCCCGGGUCCGAGAAACCAGCAACCUUCUGACCGACCUACAGGAGGAGAUUGAGACCCAGAAGCAGCAGCAUGAGGCCAGAGUCAUGGCCAUCCGAACGGAGGAGAAGCAGAAGAUGGACAAGAUGGCAGAUGACUUGGAUCAGAAAUGGAGAGAAGCACUGCGGGAAGAAGUGCGCUUGCUGAAGGAGGAGUUGACGGAGGAGUAUGAAGCCGACAAACAGGCGGCCCUGACUCAGGUGUCUCAGCAGAAGGAGCUGGAGCUGAUGGCGGCGAGGGAGGGCUGGCAGAGGAAGGUGGAAGACCUGCUGGAACAGAUAUCUCUGCUGAAGCAGUCCCUGGAGCUGCAGCUGUCUCAGUCCCAGUCAGCUCUGCAGCAGCUGCAAUCUCAGUUCAACCAGGAGAGGGAGCUGCUGAGCCAGCAGCUUAAAGAGAUGCAGAGGGAACAUCAGAGGAGGGAGCAUCGAUUACAGGAGGCUCACUGCUGCGCCCUCAGCACCAUGGAGGAGGCCAGACAGCACCAGAUAAGAGCCCUGGAGGAGCGUCUGAAGCAGGAGCAGAGGGAGGAGGUUCACGCUCUGAAGGAGGCCCACAGGAGAACCUUGGAAAUCCUCCGUCAGCAGUCGGAGCAGGAGCUGCAGACGCUACGAUUCGAGCUGGAGGACGAGGGGAAAGCUAAGCUGGCUUCUCUUCGUGCAGAACUGAACCACCUCCACGCUACAGCCAUAGAGCAUCUGAAGCAGAUCCACAUAAAAGAAAACAGCACAGCCAAGCGGGAGCUGGAGAAAGCGUUGGAGCACAGCCACCAAAAGGAGCAAGAGCUCCUCGUUCGCAUCUCCGACCUUGAAGCAGAGGUGUGUUCCCGCAACAGCCGCAUCACCAAUCUGGACCACGAGAUCCACUCCCUUAAUGAGACUAUCGACACUCUGACCAGAGAGCUGGAGCUCAAGGGCAAAGAGGUGCUGCGGGUUCGCAGCGAAGCCAACCAUCAGAUAAGAGUCCACGAACAAGACCUCACGAAGAGGCAUGAGAGGGACCUGGGGGAGAUGAACGCUGUUCAUCACAGAGAAACGCACAUCAUCCUGGCUGACUUCAACAAGGCCCAGGAGGUGCUCAGGGACAAGAUCUCUGCUCUUCAGAUACUGUUGGAGGGGACAGAGGAGAAGUUAAGGAACAGAGAGAGCCGACCAGAAGACCUGCAUCUGAUAGCAGAGCUCAGAGAGAUGGUGACUGAAAGAGAAGCUCUGGUCAAGAAACUGGUGGAUGACAAGAAAUUCUACCAGCUGGAGUUGGUCAACAGAGAGACGGGCUUCAGCAAGGUCUUCAAUUCCAGUGCCAACGUCGGUGUCAUCAACCCUCUCAUCAAGUCGAAAGCAGGCAGCCAAUCAGAGCACCGCCUCAACAGCUUUCCUAGCCAUUCAGCCCUCCGCUUCGUCAGCCCUCCCACCAUGACUCACGAAGGCCAGGAAGAGGCGGGACGGGAGGUGGAGGAGGUAGGACCAGGAGGCCGUUUUGUGCCUCCUCACUGCCCCCUCCAGAGGUCCCUCCCCCGCCUGCCACUGCUCAGACCUCUUCCUCCUUCUCCUCUUCCUCAGCAUCCUCCUCUUCCUCCACCUCAUCCUCCACAUCAUCCCAUGCCGAGCCUUGCUCUUCCUCAUGCUCCCCAGGACCCCCUCGUGCAGCAUCAGGGCCUGCAGAGGUUUAGGAGCCUUCCUGAAGCCAACGCUGCGACACCGGCGCGCCCGAGGGGGUCGGAGCAGGCCAAACGCAAGGAAUAUUUCACUAAAGAAGAGGAGCUGUACUCCCAGUACUUCUCCUUCUGACCGGCAAAAAAUAACCCCAACUCUGUCAAAACAGUGAAGAAAAAAAGAAAAGGUGAUGGGACAGGGAGCUAAAAGUGGACAGCAAUCAAACUGCAGGAUUUGAGGGUCAUUUGACGGGUAGAGACGGAUAUCAAACAUCCAGUCCUAAUCACAGCACUGAAACCCCUGUGGGACCUCGACCUUACAGCCUCCACACAAGCCCACACCGAUGGUGUCACUAUUUCAUCAUGAUAGUCGGAGGAAAUUAGCUAUUUAUUCAUUUUCACAUUAAUUUUUUUCUUUUCUAUCUACACCAUCAGCAAUUCUGUAAGGUUCCAACAUUUGUAUAAGUGCUAUCACUGCACAGAUCAACAUGCUGUAAAUCCCAGAGAAAACCACUGAAGUCAACUUCUAUUUAAAGGGAUACGCCAACAUUUUGCGAUUUAGCUUAUUUCCCAUCAGCCUAAGACUUUAAUAAGAGUGAAUAUAAGAUAAUUCUCAAAAUGUUUCCCUUUUAAAUAUCUAGUUUUGCUGCUCAGAUGAAACCCUGCACGUUUCAGAUCAUUCGAUUUAAUGCUAACUGAAACUUCAGUGGUGAAAAUGCAUCAUAGAGUCAGUGUCGUGAUGUAAAUAUGAGUUAAGCACGAAGAUUUAAACUCCAAAACUCUAGCUUACUGUUUAGCUGAAUAUUCGUGCAUGGGCUCUAUACUAAAAGAUGUAAGAUGUAUAUUUACUGUAUUUGAGGUAAAUAUAAUCGACAUUCACAAGUGUAAGCUAAUAUUAUGUAUGUAAGGUAAAAAAGUUAAAUUAUUCUUUAAAAUCAGAUAAUUGAUAUAAUUUGCGCCGACUGUCGGACUUUCUUAAACCCAUCUAUCUAGUAAUAUUACUUCUGACCACAGGGGGGCAGCAUAUCGUAAGAAAGUCUAUGUGACAUCCUCUGAAGUUCCCCUCUAGUGGUAUAAAGUGGUAUUACAAGUCGUGCCGUACCGUUCCCAUUCAUUAGCACAGUAACGUCAGCACGGCAGAUUUUUUUGUUUUAAAGCCAAUCUUGAAACAAACUCUUAAAAAAAAUCAAAUCCAAGAGCCUCAGUAUUUGCUGUGUUGCAUAAAAGUGAUGGAUAGACAUUUUAAAUCAUAAGUGCAGUGUUAGUAUUAGAAAUGGUUCCUCGUGCAGAUGUUUACAACUGCAGCACUGAAGUGAGUUUACAGCAGUUUUUCUUUGUUCAUCCAUCUUAUGAGCUUAAAUCUGGUGGGAAAUAUCCUCCGAGUUGGACAAAAUGAUUAAUGCCUUGAUUCCCGGCUUGUCUUUCAUAACGCAGAUCCAUCUGCAGUAGAAUAGUGUACUAAAAUUGGACAAACCUUGCUGUUUUUUUGGUGAUUGCAGCUGUGUUUUUGCUGUCUGCAGUGCGAUAACCUACCGUACACAACAAUGAUAACACCAGCAAAAAAAUAAAAAUGGAGAACCUUUAGCUCGCUGUCCCACGACUUUUAUUAUGUACAUAAACUCUGUGUGUUUGAGAGUCGUUUUCAAAUCCUUAAACCGACCCAGGGCUGCUUGAUUCAAUGUUUCAGAUGGCACAGGAGGGGAAACAUCUGGAUGAACUGGAUCCAGCACCCCUCGGUUUGCUUUUCCUUUUCAUUUCUAUCUUCUAAUUUCUACUAUUUAUAAUGUAAGCGCUGCUGUUUUCCUGUGGUCUGUUUGUGAUGCCGCCGGACCGGAGACGUAGUCGGGACGAGUUCUGUCCCCGACUCUUAACUCCGAGGAGGGUUUGAUGGAAACCCGAUGGAGCUCGGGUCAGGGGCCGAACUCUUCCGCUACGUGUCCGUGACUGUGGGGCCGACCACGGAGCAUGUGAAACAGAGGCGCUCUCAUAAUUGCUGCUGUCGCUCACUUGGAGUCCUCACAUCUCCAGUUUUUUGGUGUACCGUCUACUUUUUCUUUUUUUCUUUUUUAAUUAAUGACUUGAAGUUUACAUCGUUCUUGUGCUGGAUUUCAUUCAGUGAUUUGUACAGUUUCUGAACUGCAUGGCCAUCGUCCGCCGGACAGAGAGUCUGUGGUUGUUGAUUCUUGAAAAGUGGACUAAAGAGUUUGAGGGGUUUCCUUCCCCUCGUGCGGUCGCGGCCGGGUCCUCUCAACAACGUGCGGACAUUUCUCUUCAGCGUGAUGAAUACUCGUCUUCCUUGUUGAACCAGCCGAAGCUUCAGUGGUCAGGAAGUGUGCUGUCACUGCUUACAAUCACAGGCUGACAACAUUCGGACAGUUAAAGUUUGAGUUCUCAACAGUGUCAUUGGAAGAUAUUUUGCAUCCCCCAACCUUCAUCCUCCCUUUUUUUUAAUCAAAUUUUGAACACAUUUUUCAAUUUAACAGUUUUUACAGGUACAAAUAUUUUACAUCAUAGGAGUUUUUGGUCUUAUUAUUCCAAACAAAAUAUUUUAUAAAAUAGAAUAAAAGAAAAUGUUGGCCUAUAUAAAUAAUCUUCCUUUAACUCCACUGCUAAACUUUUUUUUUAAUGUAAGACACAAAAGAGGGUAUUAUAUAAAGGAUUAGUUCAAUAACUGAUCAGCUACUAAAUCAAUGAAACUAGCACUUCUUAAAGAGGCAGAAAAGCAGCAGGCAAAUAUCCCCAUUUAAAACAGAAAUUGCCGGUUCCCCCACGUCCCUCUCUGCUGUGCUGCAGCAUCUCUGGCUGGUUCCCCUGGAUACCAGAGGCAGGAGAAGCUGGUAACCCCUGGUUACCGUUGUAUGAGUCAUCAGGAAAACCCCACCCCACCCCGAUGUGAUUGAUCCGGUACGUUCUGUAUCAGUCGAAAUCGCUAUGACUAUGCUAUGAUAGCUAUUUUGUGCAAAGUCAAUGGGUAUUUCAGACCAGGUUAGUCCAGCAUGUGUAGACUAGUAACCAUGGUAACUGUAGAUGGCAAUGAUAACCGAAACUAAAGCUCUUAGUGAUUCCAGACAUUUAUGGGGGAUUCUUGCAAAUUACUUUAAGAGCAUAGUCAGUUUCAAAAAGUUACUUUUAAUCAAAUCAACCUAACAUAUUAAAAACAAGACUAGUAUUUGGUUCUCCUUUAAGAAUUGUCUGAUUUUAACCCACCAAUUUUCUUGUCCACAAGCUGCACUACCCUUGAUUUAAUCAUCUGUUAAAAGAUGCCAUUUUUCUACAUAGUAUUAAUGCUAAAGUUCAAACUCGGCAGUUAACUGAACUUUUUUUCCGUGUAUACAUUUCAGUGUUCAUUUACUCUUUUUUUGUGCCUGAAUAAAGCCACAAAAAGCAUUUUUGCUACAAUAGCAUACAAACCCCAGUGCACAGACUGUCCGUCUUGUCAUGUGUGAUUGUGAAUGAGAUGACUCCCAAACUUAGCUGUAUUAUUCCAUGAAAAGUGAAAACACUUCCAGUUAAAUGAGAUUGCGUUUGUGUCAUGUGGGAAAGUAAAAGUGAGGCUGUCAAAAAAGGAAAGGAGAGGAAAUAUCCUCCAGGACCCUGAAACGUUAAGCUGUCCCACGUGGCAUGAAUGCAGCGUCAUGGCACUGGAGCUGAAGUUGUAAUGAAUGUCACAAAAUCUAUGAAAUGGUUUAACUGUAAAUAAUGAAUGCUGUAGAAAAAGACUAAAGAGAGAAAACUGAAGUGUCCUCUCUGGGAUUACGCCCCAGAUACGCCGAACCACAGCUGGUUCAUUCCUCCAUGCACACUGUGAACUUUAGAUUUAUCCUACAACUGUUUGAGGUAUUGACAUCUUAACUUAAUUGUCUGCACCCAGCAGUGCGGAUGUUGUUUUGUUUCUUGUUCUUUUCUUUUUUCUUGAUUAUAUAUUUUCUCACAAUCAUAUACAAUUUUACUGCAUCUCCUUUUGUUGUCCUCCUAAAGAUCUCCGCAACUACAUUUGGCUAAAAUUAACAACACAAGCUGCAAUAAAGACGCGUACCCUUUAGGACUUUUCUAGUGAAAAGGAUUAUUCCAGUGUUUUUGCAUCCCUAAAUUCAUACUUUAAAGCCACUCUAUGUAGUAAUACACCUUAUGAACACAUGGAGGCAGCACAUCUUAAAAAAUAUAUAUAAAUAAAAACCAUUCCUCAGCUUCUGGCAUAAGACACAAUUCACCUCUAGUGGAUGAAUUGUGUCUUAUGCCAGAAGCGGUAUUGCUACAUAGACUGGCUUUAAAGUUUGUUCCUUUCAGUGUAGCCAAAUCAGUUGUGUUUUAAAAACUACAAUGAGACUCGAGUAUUGCUUUAUAUCACUGUGAACAAUGUUUCUGUUUUUGACCAGAAAGACAAAAAUAAUUAGAAAAGAAAAUGCCAAAUCAAAUCAUUACAGGGUCCAUGUAGAAUCGUUUUUCUUUUUUUGAUUUAGCAGUAAAGGUAAUUUUCACAUUAAUCACAGAACAGUACUUGAUCAAUACUUUGGUUUUUUUUCUUAAGUGUCAUUGAGCAGCUCUCUGUAGCAGUACCAGUACUGACCACACAGGGGCAGCAUUUCACUUCAGACCCUGAUGUAAGAUGCGAUUAAGUGUCACCUCUUCCACCUCAGCUGUUUGCCCCCAUGUGGUCAGAUGAUGUAUAACUACAUAGAGUGGCUUUAACAUAUAUUUAACAUAUAUUGAUUAUGGGAACAUCAGAUAAAAAAAGCUGUCCUGCAGCUUUCAGUCCUCGUCUUCUUCAUUUUGAACAACUGGAAGACAGAUACUGUGAGAACAGAAAGCUCCUGAACAAUUACUGAACUGACAGUGUUAUGAGAUUGUAGGCGGCAGUGUAAAAACUCAAUAUGGUCCUUUAAGCUCAUUUAAAUGAAUAUUUGUUGGCUUAUUUGUCGAUUAUCUUUUGCUAAAUUGCUUUUAUGUGCACAUCCUUACAUGUGCCUGUCUUCAAUGGUUGCAGUGUUUGUUUUGGAGUUCUUACACUGGCUUGCAGGCACUGCCGAGCUUUCUUUUCCAAAUGAAAAGAUUCACAUGGGAAUUUGAACCACUGACACCUGAUAGAGAAAGGUUUUGCAUUUACUGGCAAUCACAUUUAUUUAUUUAUUUAUUUAUGACAUUUUGCUACUGUACAAUAUUUGAUGCUCGAUUAAUUUCACUUUCAGCUCAGUUUCUUUCAAAGCUGCACAAAACUUGGGGGGAACAGAAAACCCUCCUACAACAAAUGUGUUGCAUUGUUUGAGAAACUGAACUGAAAGCGAUCCGAUGUCAUAAUAUGACUUAUAAUUUAAUAAUGUCUGUCUUGCCCCUUUUUUACGUAAACACAUGUAACAGAUAUAACAAUAUUGGUAUUUGUAUUUAUAUGAUUUCUGUUGUAUGUUAUGAAACAG